UUGUAUCAUAGCAGCUCUAUGAAUUUCAGGGCAUUCGGGGUCGCUCCCCUCAGCCACUCUUAGUUCCACUACUCAUUCUACAAGUCUUUAAUCUUUCCCCUAUAUUAUUAGCUACACCCUGCAAUUGGUCGUCCUCGGUCCCCAGUUUGGCGUAAAGAUCUGGUGAGGAGUCUAGUGCCCCCAAGAGAACGAUUUUCAGUGUCCGAUGGAAGAAGCGCAUGAAAGACACCGAAAUAAGCUCCGGGACAGGAGGUCUGAUCUCCGUCUGAACGUGGUCAAGAGCAUUGACCCACGAUUCUAAGGAGCCCAACAGGGCCGUCUUCUCGGCUAGCAGUCGAAGAGCGGCUCCUAUCGAUUCGACUUGCGACACUUUGUCGAGGAAUUCAAGCGUCGAUGCCGCGAUCCUUGUGAUCCCUCUCCGCAUAUCGGGCGCGAUCGAACACACAGGCACCGUCGUCCCGCUCAUGUCGGCUGUUGCUGGAGGAUCCGCGAACUUACACGGUGCAGCAAACAGCUUGAUGAUGAAUACAUCCAGGAGAGGUAGUUGGUCAUGCUGUGCUGGCACCAAAUCAUUCGCGGCAACAAAACCUGGCCUUGCCCGGUACUCGUGCAUGAUCCUGAGUCCUCGAACCAUAUGCUGGGCCAUAGCAGCGUAAUUGCCCCGCAAUUGCUCGAUGCUGAUGAAGAUCUCACAGCAAAGUAAUGCCGACUUCAACCCGCUUGAACCCGGAGAUAACAAGUUUGUCGCAAGACCUCCCAAAGCCAUACAGUAUUGCUGGACGCCAUAGUCAUAGCUUCGGGUCUGCUGCGCGAUAGACGCUGGAACGUCUCCGGACGUCUCGAGAUCUUCCCGAAGAGCUCUGAGAGACAUGACUGCGUGUCGUAUAGGCGGAUCAGUCAAGCUGGCUUGGAGGAGUUGUCUUGCUUCUUCGUCACAGCCCAGAUUCACGUCGAACAUGGUUUUGGUUGAGAAGUAACGAUUGAGCAGGUCGAUAUCUUGAGGGGCGAUCUCAGUCAACGUGGGCCGGAUGGCUGGCAAACCAUCUCUUGAUUUGAUGCCACCAGCAUUGGCAUUUUGGAUGGGUGGACUGGUGAAAAAUCUAAAGGGAGACUCGUAGCCGUCGCAAGUACGACCAGUGUCGACACAUUUUUGGCAAAACGGCUUGUUCUCGUCGCAUUUGACCUUCCUGAUUCUAUUGCUAUGUCAGCACAACUAUUGAAGAUCUAGCCAGCCGGGUGUACACUGGUGAUGGGAUAUACUGACCUGCAGGUUGCACAACCGGUUUUUACCUUCGUUCUAGAUUGGAUGUUCCGAUUGCGGUGGACAAGGCUUCUGGCCAUGGGUGGGCGGACAUGGGACAACUUCGCUUGUCGCGCAAUACCUUAGAGGUGAGAGGAAGAAUCGUAGCAGGCAAGAAAUCCGAGCAGGUGAAUCAAAAUAAUGCAGCUUGAUUCAUGACCGGCACCAUGAGGAAGGGAAGUCGGUGUCGGCGACUAUCUCUCCCGAGUCACCCCCCGGGGCGCCAACACUAGCUCGAUUGGGUAGCGAGAGCGAACCCACCAACCAUGGAUGCGAUUCAGGGACCUUCAUCCUUCAUCCUCCUAUCAGGCUACCAGCACACGCCACAUUCCUGCAAUUGACACGAUUAUCGUCGUCGCUUCUCGAGGCCCAAAUGUCUCAAUAUAAGCUGGGUGGCCCCCUGAUCUCUGUCGAAAUGACUCCAAGCACUUGCACAUGUCGAAGCUCAUCACGAAUAGCCAACUACUGCACCGGUCGAAAAUGGCAGCUUUCAUUCUAUAUGGCUCUCGUGGUUCGACCAACACCGAUCGUAUUCGUCUGACUCUCGCCGAAGGUGGCUUCAUCUAUUACGACCUCGUGCCUCUCAACCUUCAAAAAGGGGAGCAGAAGUCCGAGGAAAACAUGAAACGUCACCCAUGGGGUAAAGUACCCAACAUAACUUUCCCCGGAGGAUUCGCUCUCUACGAGAGUCGCGCAAUUUGCAAAUACCUGGCAAGGAAGUACUCCAUUCCACUUUUACCGCCGGACGCGGACCUCGAGGCUGCGGCGCUGUUCGACCAGGCAGAGUCGGUAGAAAUGCUCUACUUCGCCGAGCCUGCUGGUCGAAUCGUCUACGAGAAAUUCGUCAAGAAAUUCAGGGGGCUUCCUCCCGAUGACGCCGUGGUCUCGGAUGCACUGCGGUCGGUCGAGCUGUUUUUCGACGUUGCAGAACGUCUCCUAGAGGACAAAGACUACAUGGCUGGAAAGAACUUCACCCUCACGGAUAUCUACUACAUUCCACUGAUCCAAAGACUUUUCGUGUGCGGCUACGGACAUUUUAUCCUCAGUCGCAGAGCUGUGAGUGCUUGGUGGGACCGCUGCGUGAAUAGGCCCGCCAUAAAGGAGAUGUUGGCCGCUGACAAGGAGGCUACAGCGGCUGCUAGUAAAUAG